AACAUCAUAGUGAAAAUAUAAUUUUUACAUUUUUCACAAACUAUUUUGAACAUUUCUGACCUGGAAAAUGUCAGURGUUUYAGCUAGUUUGCUAGAGGUUCUUGAAAACAAAAUGGCUGACGGUUCGUCGUGGUUUUAUCGUGGCGAAGGGAACGAGACGUUGGUUGUUGGGCUUCGAGGAUACAACCUAGUUUUACGCUUGAAAAAGAAGUUAAGGCAGUCUUUGAAUGAAAGUAAAUCAACAACUAACGACAAAAMAGAUCAUCAAGAGAUCGAUAAACUAUUGGAUUUUAGCCGCCAUGUUUUCCUCCCCUUGAUGGGAGGGGAGUAUGUACCUUGUGGUCAAACUUUACGUCUGUCUCCUGAUUUUGCUGCGAUGUUAGACAAAGUGUGUGAAUCCUCGAGGCCUAAACAUAGGAUUCACAAAGGCAUUGAUACAGAGGCUCCAUUUGCUGUGCUAAUGCCAGACCUUUGCUUUCUUCCURGUACAUUAAUUGCUGAAGAAAGUUUUGCUAGAACCACAGAGAACUCAAAACCAACGUUUUCUGUUGAGAUUAAGCCAAAGUGCGGCUUCCUUCCUACGUCUMCUURCAUCAAGGAAGCCCAUUCUGUAAAGCACUGUGURUGUUAUUAUUGUAUGCUGCAAGGGGUUAAGGUGUCAGAAGGYAAAUAUUCCAGACAGAGCCAAUAUUGCCCUGUCAACUUUCUKUCAGGUGAUMCAAACAGAGUGUUUCWUGCAUURAAAUCYCUAGUUUCAGAUCCCCAAAAUAAUCUCAGGGUUUUUAAGAACGGCUCUCCAAUCUUCACAGAYGAAAUUGUCAAGGAAUUGAAGGUMRCYGCYAAUAAAMAWGUCUGYUGUYCUGGAUAUGUCUUUGAAAAGWCAUUAGAGGAAUCUGGUUGGGAUAGAAUUGUACAAGYUGAAAGAAGUCAUAAGUGUGGUGCACUUGGAGCUUAUGCASUAGGCUUCAUGCAAACAAUCCUUCAAAUAUUCAUUGACGAUUCAAAAUCUAAAAACAACARUGAAUACGAUUGUACCAAAUCUCAGAUCUGCAUGGGCAAUGGGAACAAUACUCCAACAGAUGAACUAGACAGUCUACAGGGUAUAGGWGCUUUUGGGUGUGGUGGGGUGCUCCAGAGGUURCGRCAGGUGCAGAAAAUGGAUGAUGUAGAUGUAGAAGGAUUGCAUCCAUUGUAUUUCAAGGUGAAAGACUUCUUCAUGGYGAAUAAAGGUGCAAGAAAAGAGUACACUGUAGAUGGCCCUUAUAAUUYUAAUYUAUGGAAAGAGAUCUCCACUCAUUCACAAUCAAAARCUUUGGUUGAUAAACCUUUAGAGCUUUUCUCCAUUGAGGACAUAAUUGUCAAAUUGUGCCAAUUUUCUGUUGCAAGCACUGCAAAGGAUUGCUCUAUUAUGCUUACCUUUCAAGUUUGCUCUUCCCCACCCAAGCAYUUACCGUAUAUCCAAGUAGAUGGCUGCUUAGAUGAAAGUAUUGCUUACAGUAUCAACCUAGUGGAUCUUGAUCCCAAGGARUUUGACAGAGUUGUUAAAUAUUACAGGGAUAGUAUCUCAACUGUACAGCACUACUUACAACAUCACAACAGUAAAUGAAAAAUGGCUGUGAAAUGACUUUCGUUGUUGUAAUACAAACUUUUUUAGAAUACCAAAGCAUAUAUUUAUAUAUAAUUUUUAAAUUGCAAAUAAAACAAAAACAAAAAAGAAACAAUAGUAUAAAGAAAAAAUAAAAUGUAAAAGAAAAAAAUAAAAUAGAUAAGAAAAAUAAAAAAUUACAAUCCUUACAACAUCUUUCCUAUUUYAUGUUUGGUCAAGACGAGUACAAUUACAGCGUUAAUUGUACUCCUUAUAAAAUUUUGUUUUACUGAAUGUACUAUAAACAAAACGCACAACCUCUCGUGCAAUUUGGAAUUGAUAGUCACUCGCAAUGUUUUGAAAGUUAUCCCAUUGCACUCGCCCUAUCAGGCUCAUGCAAUUACGAAGAACUUUCAAAACAUUACUCAUGCGACUGUCCAAAUUGUACUCAAGGUCGUGCGACUAUACUAAUAGACAAACAGUAAAUAAAUUCAAAGAAAAACACAUAUUAAGCAAAUAACAAGUGGGGUAACAACUAAAAAAUUAAAAAAAGAACAGCUUCAUGUUUGUCAAUAUUUUAAUUUAGAGAACUUUACAUACACUACCCUUACAAAAAUUAAUUUACUAGUUUUCUACCUCCAAGUAGGUUUAUAAUUUAAAUCAUUCUAACUAAGUUUCUUGUUAUACAAACAUCUUUGAUCCUUCUUUCAUCACUUUGAUACACACAAAGGCACAAAAUGUCACAAAACAUAAGAACAAUUGAAUAAAUCUAUGCAAUCACUCCRUAUCAGGAACCCAACUUCACUAAUCAUUCAUGACACUUAAUAAUGGUUUGUAGGGAAGAGUGCUGCUUUCACUUGAAUUAGUUUCCUCAAGGACUAUAGUWAUGGCAAUUAUUACAAACUAAAGGAUGGUUCAAGGAGUACGAAGCAGGGGGGGAGCACAAUUCUUCCCUGAUAUGACUUUGUAUCUAUACUGUAUGUAUCUUAUGCAGCAUUUUCUGUUAUGUGCACCCCCCAGGCUUCACUCCUGCAUUAAAUGCUGUGCUCUCUUCUUUAAAAGAAAUACUG